AUGAGCUUUGCAACUGCCGUACUCUUCCUCUUGGGUGCGACCAUAGCCGCCACUAGCCCGUCCCCCGCUCGGCUCGCAGAGCUAAAGAAGAUCGGGUUGCCAGCCAAUUACGACGCGUUGCCAAAUUCGAGCAAGUUCAUUCCUUUGGACAAGGUGACUGCCAGUGCCCCCAUUUACACGCCCCUCGCUUGCAUGGACGAGCCCACGAUCGUGUUUCCCAACGGCUCCAACUCAACAUACCUGUGUUGGCUGAGCCAGUUCCCGAGCUUCGACACCGACAGCCCCAACGCCCUUAUCGACGAAUGCAAAGCAAUGGCACACUGA